AUGAAACAGGCAUUGAAGGAAGAAUUCAAGAAGAGGAAGAAGACAGGAAUACAAAAAAUUGGGCGAAAAGGAGAAACGACAUAUAUGGAAGCUUCAGUAUCACCAUCAGCUGGCACUGGGCUGCCUGGUCUUGGUCUAUCGAUGACACCCUUCUCUAUACCUGAAUCUUCAGUGUCGAUGAAGUCAACUGUAUCUGCAAAUGAAACAGGCAUUGAAGGAAGAAUUCAAGAAGAGGAAGAAGAACAGGAAUACAAAAAAUUGGGCGAAAAAGGAGAAACGACAUAUAUGGAAGCUUCAGUAUCACCAUCAGCUGGCACUGGGCUGCCUGGUCUUGGUCUAUCGAUGACACCCUUCUCUAUACCUGAAUCUUCAGUGUCGAUGAAGUCAACUGUAUCUGCAAAUGAAACAGGCAUUGAAACAGGAAUUGAGGAAAGAAUUCAAGAAGAGGAAGAAGAAAUGAAAAGACUGGGAGAAAAGGGAGAAACGACAUAUAUGGAAGCUUCAGUAUCACCAUCAGCUGGCACUGGGCUGCCUGGUCUUGGUCUAUCGAUGACACCCUUCUCUAUACCUGAAUCUUCAGUGUCGAUGAAGUCAACUGUAUCUGCAAAUGAAACAGGCAUUGAAGGAAGAAUUCAAGAAGAGAAGAAGAGAAAAAAAUUGGGAAAAGGAGAAACGACAUAUAUGGAAGCUUCAGUAUCACCAUCAGCUGGCACUGGGCUGCCUGGUCUUGGUCUAUCGAUGACACCCUUCUCUAUACCUGAAUCUUCAGUGUCGAUGAAGUCAACUGUAUCUGCAAAUGAAACAGGCAUUGAAGGAAGAAUUCAAGAAGAGGAAGAAGAACAGGAAUACAAAAAAUUGGGCGAAAAAGGAGAAACGACAUAUAUGGAAGCUUCAGUAUCACCAUCAGCUGGCACUGGGCUGCCUGGUCUUGGUCUAUCGAUGACACCCUUCUCUAUACCUGAAUCUUCAGUGUCGAUGAAGUCAACUGUAUCUGCAAAUGAAACAGGAAUUGAGGAAAGAAUUCAAGAAGAGGAAGAAGAAAUGAAACGACUGGGAGAAAAGGGAGAAACGACAUAUAUGGAAGCUUCAGUAUCACCAUCAGCUGGCACUGGGCUGCCUGGUCUCGGUCUAUCCACGACACCCUUCUCUAUGCCUGAAUCUUCAGUGUCGAUGAAGUCAACUGUAUCUGCAAAUGAAACAGGCAUUGAAGGAAGAAUUCAAGAAGAGGAAGAAGAACAGGAAUACAAAAAAUUGGGCGAAAAAGGAGAAACGACAUAUAUGGAAGCUUCAGUAUCACCAUCAGCUGGCACUGGGCUGCCUGGUCUUGGUCUAUCGAUGACACCCUUCUCUAUACCUGAAUCUUCAGUGUCGAUGAAGUCAACUGUAUCUGCAAAUGAAACAGGCGUUGAAGGAAGGAUUCAAGAAGAGGAAGAAGAGAGAAAAAAUGGGGCGGAAAACGACAUAUAUGGAAGCUUCAGUAUCACCAUCAGCUGGCACUGGGCUGCCUGGUCUUGGUCUAUCGAUGACACCCUUCUCUAUACCUGA